AAAAACGGAAUCGCAAGAAUGUUCAGCCUGAGGAGUGGGAUCUUCGCGGGCAGUCUUCUCGGAAGCGGCUCUUGCUUUCAGCGACUUGCGCCCUGUGCCUGUCGCCCUUCGCGAAAGUCCUUGCCGAGAAAGUCUCCGAAGAAACCAUUCAAACUGCAGAGAGAGAACUUAUCUGAAGAACAGAAUCGCCUGCUGACCCUAACGGAGAGGGGGUGUCGAUGUCGACCCGGGACGCCCAGGGAGCGUUGGUUCUUCACCAACCAGCGUAUCAUCCUGGCCCUGGCCAUUGCCCUGAAUCGUCCACCCGACUUGGUAUCCGACUUCCUGCACUCGCUUACCCUGCAGAACUUUGCCCGGAUCCUGAGACCCGCCGAUCCCCCGGGAAUUUUUUGCAAAGUUCCCUACGUGAAUUGUAGUGCCUGUGACAAUUUCAUGAAAAUUUUCGAUACUCAUGGGAACCUGAGGAGCCGCUUUGACCAGGACUCACUGGAACUGCUAAUGCGUGUCGUACAAACGGUAUUAAAACGAGAUCCCCAUAGCGAGCGGGAGCCGUUUGACACGAGUUUUGGCGCCCAACGUGGGGCAAUUGAGAGAGCUUCCAUUGCAAAGAGAGCAGGCAUCGAUAGCGACUCUGUGGCUCGCCAAAAUGGCAAAAGACGAUUAAGAAUCGCGGAAGCGAAGGCUUAUGAAAACAGAAGCCAUUUCAAUCCAGGCCUAGAAAAGACCACUUUCGGAGAUGCUGGCUAUAUUUUUGGGUCCAGCUUUAGUUCCGAGGACGCGGAUGUCACCAUGUAUAAGCCUGAAGAUUGGGGGGUUAAUGAUUCGUUAACUCUUGAGCGUUACAGGCGUCUUGAACGAUUGCUCAUUCAGCUCAAUGAGAAGACUUACCUGACACGCGAUUCGGACAAACUAAUAUCUGCCAUUAGGGACCUUAAAUUGGAUAGAGGCGUCAUUUAUCCACCGCAAUCUUCGGAUGAUAAAGACCUCGCCAAGGAUAUUUCGGAUUCCUACUAUGAAAGGGUUAAGGCAUCUGCUUCAAAAUCUCUGCUUAGGAAACGCUCAUCGCAUCAUAUCAGAAAAAGAAAGAAAACCUUUGAUGAUGAUUCGAUUCUCAGGGAGCACACGAACAAACUGUACUACGGCGAUCCCGUGCCGGUGCUUGUGCACGAACCCUUCGACCGGGAAAAGCCGUGGACCUGGCUGCGCCGACAUCCUCAGCAGAUGCGGUUGGACGACAAGGGCAACGUGACCCAUGGCGUCAUACGUCGAUACCGGCGCUCAACCAUCGAGAAGCAGAUGCAGAAGGCCAAGGAGCGUUCGUCGGUGCUCUCAGUGGUCCCAAUGGGUCCAACGAAUACCAAGGUAGCGAAAACACAGCCAAUGUUCGGUCAGAAGAGAACCAGAAGAUAG